AUGAUUAUGAGAACUUGUAGACUCUGGCAACCUAUUUUGAAAAGGAGAUCUUGUUUCAGUGGAUUAAGAAUGAUGAUCUCCGCCUUGGAGAGGCUGAUAGAUUUGCAAGAAGGGCAAUACGGAAAGAUAAUGGCCAAAACCAAGGGACACAAACCCACCGAUGGAUACCAACCGUCGCCUAUCGUUGAACUUCUCAAAUACGAAUUCGGCAAAUUAAAAGAAUCAUUGCGUAAGGACUGCAAGGAGGAUUUCCCGAGUGCUGAUCAACCUGACACCAGCCAGGCUCAACCUGACACCAGCAAGGCUCAACCUGACACCAGCAAGGCUCAACCC